AUGUCGGGAUCUAUCAAUACCGAUCGAGACUAUCGGGGGUGCGUCUACAUCCCAAGGGCGGAUGGUCACCACUCGCAUGGUGAAAACGGGCAGUUCAGUGUAGUAGAAUUACCGACUUUUAAGGUAAACGCCAACCAAAAGCACAGCAAAGUCGAAGUAUUCGUUGAAGAUCCGACCGGUCAAACGAUAAAACCGUACGUCAAAGUUGUCGGUGAUUUGUAUACCAGUACCUUCUUGCCGAAAAUGACAGGCGAUUAUUUAGUCUCGAUGUGUGUUGAUGGCGAGAACAUCGAAGGAAGUCCAUUUUAUGUGAAAGUAUUCGAUCCGAAACUCAUCCGAGUACUCGGUCUCAGAGGCGGAAUCGUAUCCCAACUCAACGGUUUUUCCGUUAAUACCGACGGGAUUGGAGAGGGACCGAUGGCAAUUACGAUAACCCACCUUGGAUCAAACAGGAUAGUCCCGGCGAGAAUAAUGCAAGAUCCGGGCCGGAAGUCCCUCUUCCAUGUUGAAUGGAUGCCGGAAGAAGCUGGAUUCUACCGAGUUAAUGUUCAGUUUGCUCGUGUUGAUGCUGAUGGGUCUCCAUACACAAUUGAGGUCAUCAACCCAUCUCUAAGUACUAUUUCCGGUUUAACAUCCGGUCAACUGAUCUCGGCCGGCCAGCUAAACAAGUUCAUAAUUAGAGUUCCGUCAAAGAUGGUGGUCAUGAAUGAAAUGAGGGUUGACGUUACGGAUCCGAUUGGCGUUCGAGUACCGGCGAGACUCAUCGACAACAACGAUGGAACCGUCGCCGUCGAGUUCCUACCGAUUAUUAUCGGUUCUCACGUGAUAACCGCCUCGUAUUUCAACAUGGCGAUCAGCGGGUCACCCUUCAAGGUAACGUCAUUUGACCCCGCAAAGGUCAAAAUCAUCAACUGGAAACCGGUUGGAAACGUAUCGAAGAGUGUCGAGUUUGACGUUGACAUUUCAAAGGCGGGCCCAGGUGACCUUGACAUUGGAAUUUCUGGAGGCGAGGCCCCCUACCAGAUCCAUGAGAGAGAGCAUGGAAUCUAUAGGGUCACCUUUACCCCCAAACAACCGGGAACUCUUAAAUUUGGAUUCACGUUUAAUCACUCAAAGUUCAGGGGUCAAAUGAAGAUGCUCACGUUGAUGUUGUCGUCAAAG